UCUGUCAAGAACAACAACACUCGUCGCCGCUGCCAUGUUUGAAUCUAAAACCGCCUGUUCGGCACCCUUUGUUAAUUGAUAGCUGGGUGGCUAUGAGAAAUUGUGCGUUCGGUGCGUCAACUUAUUAGAGACGAAUCUUUCUAUAAUGUAUCAGUUUUUAUAUUUAAAAACAUAAUAAUAUUUAUUUACUUGGUAAUGCUGUGAAAUUAAGUAAAAUAAAGUGUUUAUAGUCGCGCACAAAUAUUUGCCAAAGCUCUGUGGAAAUACUGUUUGAAGCAUGAAUUUCUCAUACCCGGUUCGUUCCCACUGGCAGGACGGUAUCAUGAGAAGCUCCUCCGGCAGUUUUAUCGUGAUCAAUGUAAUGUGCUAUUUUGGACCAUAAGUCUGAACUUUUCAGCUUCAAAUGCUGCAGUUAUGUGUCUGACACAUUCCGAGUUUAAGGGUUAUGCUUCCUUUGCAAGUUGUCAUUUCUGAAUAUGACAGAAUAUACUUAUUUUUUGGAGUAAUGAAUGGUUCAUGACCAACGUUCCUUGUGUUCCUUCCUUAACCGUUCCUUGUGACCUGCAAGUGUUGCUGUCAAGUGUUUGGUGUGGGAGUUUGUGUCAGAAUACAGUGCUGUUUUGAAACGUGGAAAAUUAACAUUUGCAUCUCAUGAGCUUGAGGUUCAACGAUGUUAAAGUUCGGAAGCAAAAGUGACAUUAAUGUUGUUUAUAAAUGUACUGUGCGUUUACUAGAAGAUACUGAAAUCGUGGAGUGCGAAUUUCAACAUUGGCUGGACCCAGCUAAAACUGUUCUCAAACAAGUGAAAGAUAUGGAUCCAAUUCUCUUCAGCUUCAGAGUCAAAUUUUACCCACCUGACCCUUUCCGCCUCAAGGAAGAAAUUACACGAUACCAGAUUUAUCUACAGCUAAAGAGAGAUUUGCUUCAUGGGCGUCUCUAUUGUACUGCAGCUGAAGCAGCACUACUCGCUGCAUAUAUCAUUCAAGCUGAGCUUGGAGAUUAUGAUCCCGAGGAGCAUGGCGAGGGUUAUGUUUCUGAAUUCAAGUUACUUCUCAAACAGACCUCUGACAUUGAGCAGAAGAUAGCAGAACUUCACCAAACACAGAUGAAGGGGCAAACUCCUGGACAAACAGAAACCAGCUUUUUAAGGAAAGCUUGUCAGCUUGAUACAUAUGGUGUAGAUCCACACCCUGUCAAGGAUCAUCGUGGUAGUCAGCUAUAUCUUGGCAUCAAUCACUGUGGAAUCCUAACCUUCCAGGGCAGUCGCAAAACCAAUCAUUUUAAAUGGAAUGAGGUGCAGAAAAUUAACUAUGAAGGCAAGAUGUUCAUCGUGCAUCUUACCUAUAACGAGAAGAAACAUACUGUAGGCUUCAAGUGCCCGACAGGUGCAGCCUGCAGACAUGUAUGGCGUUGUGCAAUUGAGCAGAUGCUUUUUUUCACGUUGCCCUCCAGUUCGGAUGCUCCUACUGUCGUGACUGGGGGGAGCUUUUUUUCCUGGGGCACCAAGUUCCGCUACUCAGGCCGGGUGGAGAAGGAAAUUCUGGAGGAUAGCAGUCCUCUGCGCAAGGAGGAGCCUGCCAUCAACCGUUCUCUGCGGUCCUCCAGCUUGCGCCGGAAGGCUGCCUCCGUGCCUGCCACACCUUCCACACCCGUGGGCUCAGAACUGGGGUAUGGAAGUUUGCCUCGUGCAAAUCAUUCUACUCCUAUGUCUGACUCGCGCUUACAUGAUGCCAGUGGAGCUCUUUUAUUGGAUUCUGGACCACUUUCAUCUCCUUAUUGCCCUGACAACACACUGCCUCUUUUAGAGCCAGUGGCUGAAGACCAGGAGAUAGCAGCCAAGUUAAGAGAUGAGGUGGAAUCUUUUAUAAAGCAUGAGUGUGGCGAUGCAUUGCUUGACGCCCCUAGUGAAGUCUUAACAGAGGAAGUUGAUGGGUUGAUGUCAGGCACCAAAAUUGGAGAAACCAGCCAUGGAUUUGAUGACUACUACUUUCGGGACUCCUUUGACCACUCCUCAUCAGAAUCUCAACUCGUGGACACUGUAAUUGGCGGCAAGCCAGGAGUGCAACAUCUGUCUCCUAGUGUCGGUGGUGGUGGCGGCCUGUCACAUCGGUCGACACCUGUAUCCCGAGGCCGGGCAGCAAGCAAGCUUUCAUUGCAGGCCCCGGUGCCUGCAACAGCCGCUCCUGGGCCUGCUCCAGCUUCUGGUUCUCCCCGGCGUUUCAAUCUCUUGCAAGUGUUCGUCCCAUCCUUUCUGUUUGUGGCCUUGUCCUUGGCAGUUGGUGCUGUGCUAGUUCUGGAGUCUGACUGUGAGGUGCUUAGCUCAGUACGCCAGUGGCCAGAAAUGGUGACAUUGCGACAGGAAUAUUAUGAACCAGCUAAGGAAUAUGUGCGGCAAAGAUUCACUAAAUUUUUUUGGUAAAUAUUGAGGGGAAUAGGUCAUCAUCUUCAUUUACUCUUUGACAUUCCAUGUGGAUUCUAUUUUAUAUAAUGUAUAUUUUAAAGAGGUCUAUAUUGCUUAAACCAAGUUAUUUUUUUGUAUAACUUGAAAUUGAAUCAUUUAGAUACUGGUGGUUUCUCUUAGUGAUAGCCUGUCACUUGUUGACUGACAGUUUUGGUUGGUCAUUGACUGUAUCAACUUUCACUUCAUUGUUUGGAUGCCUGAACUUUUCAACUAAGUGCUGAGCACUUGGAAUUAAGGCCCCUAAAUGCUAUCAUGUAGUGAAUGAUUUUUGCUGGUAAUCAUUUUUUAAGUGAGCUUCUCACUGGAUUUCAUUUUUUUUUUAAUUUGCAAAUUACUUAAUCUAGAAAAGAAAGAGGUGUUAAUUUUGUUGUCUGUUUUCUGUAAUUCCUCCAAGUGCCUGCAGCUGCUGGAAACAGCAGAUUCCUGCCACUGAACUGAAGUCCAUUAAGGUGCAUCUCCACUACUUAAUGUACAAUACCAUGUUACAUAUAUGCAUAUUAGAGUACAUUUGUCACAUCUCUUCUGAUUAACAUGAUAAUUCUGCAAAUGUUGGAAAACAUUUUUAACAUAUUGGAAGUUUUUCAGUAAGAAUGGAAAUAGUGUGAAGGCAAUACUUCAUUCAGGUGUGGGCGGUUGAACUUGUGCAAAUUUCUAUGGCAAGAGCUGUACUUUCGAUUUCGUGUGAGUUUUCCAUAUUUAAGUAAAAUGAAAUGGUCAACAAGAGAAACAAUUAGGAGUUGAAGAUGGUAUGCCCAAAUUUAUGGAACAUGUGAAAUGAAUUUAGGAAUAGAGGGGCGGGGGGAAGCACGACACAUUCAUGGGAGGUAGUGGUUAUGUUCAGCUGUUUUUCAAAUGCAAUCGAAAAGAAAAUAGCACCAAUGUGAUUGUAAUUUUAAUUGAUAACUACAGAAAAUUUAAACAUAAUAGAAAGCUCAUAAUUCAUAUACUAAAAUCUGCGGACAUGUCAACAAGAAUGAAUGCAAUGUAAACAGUGUAACAUUCAACAUAUAGUAUGUUGCAAUACUUCACAUGUACAUUUCACAUUUAACAUGUUGGUGUAUAUGUUAAGUAGUGGAGAUGUGCCUUUAGAGCAUGGGGCUAGGCAGUGUCAGAUUUGCUUUCCCUUUGACUGUGGAAUUUCUAUUCCAUCUUAACAAUUCAUGCCUAUUGUCAAUUAUGAAAUUAUGCUAUUUAUAUAAGUAGCAAAUUAAUAUUCUUUGUUUUCCUUAUCAAAUCAAGGGUUAAAUCAUUUAUUUUUAAUUGAAAUUUUAUUUUCCUUUUGUUAAAUUUCAGUGAAACUGGAAUUAGAAUGUAGCCAAAGGCUUUACCCACCAAAAAUGUGUAUUGAGAGUAUGUUUCCUUGGCAAUAAUAUAGGUUUUAUAUUCUAUAAAAUAGUAAUGAAGUGUAACUUAUAUUUUAUUUUGAAAUAAUAAAAAUAUAUUAAAAGUUACUAGAUAUCCGCUUGAGAUUUUGCAAGAUUAUUCCAGUGAUGCAUUAUAAUGCAUUGAUAAUAAGGCAUAGAAAUAGAUCUAAUACAAGAAAUUGGGGAGCUAUGGGAAUGCAAUAGGAGUGUAGAUUAACAGUUUGUUCUUCAACUGGACACAAUGCCCGGCUGCUAGAAAUGAGUUCAAGCCAACAUUUUUUCUAGUGUAGCGGGUUUUGUAAAUAAUUGGGUAGUGCUGGGAGUAGCAGCAAUUAGUGGUACGCUUAGUGAGCUAUACUGCUCACAUUGGUGAUUUUCUCAUGUUUACUGUGUUAAUGGG